AUGGAGAGACAGCCAACUGCACGCUUGGAGCCGAUCGAUAGCACGCAAUCCCAGCAUCCAUCGAGGUGUUCCCGUGAGCAGACGGCCGAGGACAAUGCACGUGCACAGGCUAGUAGCCUGCAGCGACAACAGACCGAGAAGAGGGCAGAGCAGAGCUUCUACGUCGACAACGAUUACUUCGCCCUGAAUCCUUGGUACGACCAAGAGCCCGGCCGGCCUUUGUUCGGACUGGGCCGACCCUUCCCACGUACAGUUCGCCGGGGCAUGUUAUGGGGUCGGCAGGGGCUUCGAGAUGCUGUUUACAAGGUGGAAGGUCCGAAGGGGCCGGCUGAGGAAGAGCAAGGAGGUCAGUCUGAAAGGCCGGAGGAAGAUCGAUACGAAGGUGGGCCGACUUUUCAGAUCCCGAUAGACGAGACAGGGCAGCAGCAACUGCCACCGGAUCACUUUGAGGCAGAUAUCGACGGCCAACGUGUCAUGGUGCGCCGCCUCGGGUCUCAGGAGGCGGACCAAGUACUCCAGGAGCGAGGCAUUUCCAGAGCAGACCACUACCCAGAAAGGGAAGAGCAGGACGCCCAGCCAUUCGAAUCGAGACCGCCUGAGAAAUUUACUCCGGGUCUUGCCCCCGUUGAAGAAACUGAUUCCGUCGAUACCUCCCAAACUGAGGAAGAGAAAAAGGAGAUACGACGUCGUGAAAAGGAUGCGCUUCAAGAAUAUUACAACAAAUAUCGAAAUCCCUUAGCGAGGCUACGUGCACGAUACCCUGAAGCCCCGGCCGAGUUCCUUGCUGUGAGUACACCUUUCUUCCAUAUCCGGCGAAACACCGUCGUGAAGUAUUGUAGAUUGAAGCACAUCAGGCUGUAUGAUCUGCACGCAUAUUGCGCCUUCAUGUCGGGUCGGACAACCAUAUACCUCUUCUUUGGGAUGGCAGGCAGCCUAUACACAAUCACAUACCCCACCACGCAGGGCGAUUACCAGACGCAGUCAUGGGCUUGGGGUUUUGCCGUCAUGGCUGGCAUUUAUGUUGGCGGCGGUAUUUCCGGAUCGCACAUGAGUCCUUGGGUAUCGGUCUGCUUCUCAGUGUUCCGAGGGUUCCCGUGGAGGAUGUGCCUAGUCUAUUCGAUCGCGCAGAUUCUAGCUGGAUUCGCUGCGGGAGCUCUAGCCUGGUUCAUAUACCGCGAUGCCAUACUAUACACCGACCCAAAGCUUACGCCGACCAUCACGGGGAGAGCUUUCUAUACGACUCCUGAGUCGUUCGUCUCUACUGCUACGGCAUUUUUUAACAACUUCGUCUCCGCAGCCCUUUACGUCUGUGUCGCGUUCGCAGUUGGUGAUGAUAGUAACACACCUCCAGGUUCCGGCAUGAGUGCCCUGAUCUACGGACUCAUGACUUAUCUUCUCUGCAUCACAAUGGGCUACAAUGGACUUGGUAUUAGCCCUGCUCGAGACCUUGGACCCCGCCUCAUUGCAUGGUGGGUUGGCUACGGAAAUGAAACAUUCUCAACCGGUUGGUGGGCCUAUGGACCAAUCGCCGCUGGGCUUUCAGGCAGCCUCGUCGGCGCAUUGCUCUACGACACCUUCAUCUUCGUCGGUAGCGAGUCACCAGUCAACUGGAAUUGGCCGCAGCCAGAGGAAAUUAAGUGGCGGGUGAAGGCGCGAAAGGAUCAGGCUAAGAAUAAGCUUCAGAAGCUUGAGGUAUGA